AUGCCGCCUAAUACGCUCACCAACAUGACGUUCCCUCCCCAAUCAUCACCGAUACACAUCUUCACGACAAGAGACCCGAAUAUCUCACCAAACACAUUUCAAACGAAUACCGUCAUAGCGGCGUGCGUGAUGUUUUUAGCAAUUCUGAUAGCAUGGAAUCUACCGGUGCUAAGGGAAGCUAUAUCAGGAUUGAAGUUACUGACUGUAGGACUUCACGAGUUAUCGCACUUGAUAGUGGGACUUAUAUGUGGUGGCCAAGUAGUCAGUAUCUGUAUCGACCCAAAUGACGGAGGUGCAACACAUGUGAUGGGAUUGAUGCGAACUACACCGAGAAUACCACGUGAUCCAUACGCUUUCCCAAGUUUUGCUCAGACUUUUUGGAGUCCAAGUGCAGUGGGUACAUUGGCAGCUGGAUAUAUAGGAUCUUCACUCAUCGGGUUUCUGUUCGUUGUGAGUACAUCUGGGAGAUGUACUAAGCUGAUGCUCGAUAUCGUUGCGUCAAAAGUUUGUGCUUUGGUGCUUCAUAUUGGCUUGCUAGUACCUAUCUUAAGAGCGGAUCAUUGGAUAGCAUAUGCCAGUAUAAUCGGAUGCGAAGUGAUCUUGAUUGGACUCUGGUUCGGUGAUCACGGUAAUGCAUUACGCUUUUACGUCCUCUUUGUAGGGGUGAUGAACCUCUUCUACGUUGUAUGGGAUUAUGUAGAUGAGAGGUUAUUUGAUAAAAGAAACACAUCAGAUUGUGCUCAAUUCUCUGAGCUGUUAGGGUGGCCGACAAGCUCUUGGUUCAUAUUCUGGUUUGUGUACGAUUCACUUGUUUUCACCAGCGCUAUAUUCGCAGGGAUAUGUGUUUUCAGGAGAACGGAUGAUCAGAUGUAUCAUGAAGCGUAA